AUGGAUGCCUAUAACGAUAUCCAAAUGUUGUUGAAGUCCAUCCAACAGAAUGAGAAUAAAUGGGAGAAAAGGUUUGUGGAUGUUCAGUCCAAGGAAAAAGAGGGUUUAAAAAAGGAUGUUUCAGAGCUUAUCAGUGAUGUUGUGUCUGCUUCCGACGUCUACUUCGAGCAUGCUAAGGAGCAGGUUUUAUUCCUUUAUCCCAAUCUGGAUUUGAGUCUCUUGGAAUUUCUAAAAGUCGUGCGAGAUAGUGAUUUUUUAGAUGAGGAUACAUUGUCCUCUCCUAAAAUCCCAACUCCAAUCGACAAAAAUUAUGGUCAUAAUGUGAAACAGAAGGCGUGGCGUACCUUUGUGGUUCCUUUUAUAUUAACUGCUUUAUCAUUAUCUGCUUGUUUUGAACCUUUUGCUAAGGAAGUUUAUGGUUGUGAUUCCCUGGUGGACUUCAAUGAUACCACUUUAAGGAUCCAGUAA